UGCAAAACACUUUGAAUUCAUUUUCAAAAUUUGGAUUAUCCAAAAAAUUUUCGUAUAUUUUCUUUUCUGCUUUAACAUACACACAAAAAAUUGUUGUAAGUGAAAUUCUAUAGAUAAACCAUGGCUGAGGAGGGCGGAGAAACUCAAUCCGUCGAAGAGGAAGAGGAGAUUCUGCUGCCACCACCUGUCGAGGAUGAAAUGCCCACAUUCUUUCACAUCGGCAGCUGUGCAAAGGACUGUUUAAUAACCGGCUAUAAGAUUGGUGUUUGGCAUGCGGAUACGAGCAGCGAGAGCAAAGGACUGAUUCUGAAAACAUACGGCGAUGCAAAACCGGAUAAGAAAAGCAUUUCGGGCGGUCUCGAGUUGCGUAAGAUAUUUGAGGGACUAGAAUUGGCGCAGGGAUGGAAUACGGAUCAGAGAGUAAGCACAGAGAUCACGUGGCGUAAACCGAUGGGGCCCAGUCGCUUACUAGCUUCCAUAUUGGCCAAAUAUAAUCUGGAGGGCGAAACUGGUCUGGCGGCCACACUUAAGCUGGGCUAUGAUCAGCGACCCUACAAGUUUGAGGUAAUAGUGCCGGUGAUCCAGGAACCGAAGCUAAUGGGGUACUUUUUGGCAGUGCCCGCCCAGAAAUGGACGUUAGGCUAUCGCACAGUAUACGAUAUGGAAAACAAGGGCUUCGAUAAGCACGCCCUUUGCGUCGGCUACAAUAAUGGCAGCACCGAGCUGGGCCUAAAGUUUGAGAACUUUGAGGACUGGCGCGGUUCUAUAUUUCAGCGUAUGGGUGAGCGAUGGGCCUUCGCCUUGAAAGCAAAUUGCUAUAAAAAUGACAGCACGAAAUUUGCCUUUGGCGGACAGUAUCAGCUUAAUGAGGACACCUUGCUAAAGGCCAAGGUGCGCGAUGAUGGCCUCAUGGGUCUGAUAUAUCAAUCAAAGGUCAGUGAUAGUAUCAAGGUUACAUAUCAUCUGGGGUUUGAGGGCAAGCAUCCCUUGGAUGGCGAGCACAAAAUUGGAGUCUCUUGGAGCUUAAACUGUUAACUAAAAUAAUUUAAAAACUUUUAUUUAAUAUGACAAUGAACGAAAUUGUUAAAUGAAAAUAAAUCAGUAUACACGUACUA